CUGCUUUGCCUACACAUAUUUCUUGCCCUAAUUAGACAAAUAUUCCAUACUGACUGGCAUCUCAGCUCUACGGCUCAAGGUCACUUUGGAAAAGACAAGUCACAUAUUGCCAAGAGGUGGAGAAUAAGACUCAUCACUCAGUACCACUCCUGUAUAUGUAUCACUCCUUCAUUCAGCACCAGGUGCCUCUUUGCUCUGCAUUUACCAUCUGAGAUCAGCAGCUCCUGCAGGCUGGUUGCCAGCAUCAUCUUGACGUUAGAAUGGCUGCUGACCGUAAAUUUUGGAGGUACUGUAAAAUUUCAGUCAUCGCUAUAUUCUCAUUUUCUACAAUCUACUUCUACAUUACAAGGAGAGAUCAUCAUCAUAUCUCAUCUCCUUCACCAAACUCUCUGGAACUCAGGCUACAACCAAACAAUCCAGAACUCAAGUUACAGCCAGCAGACAGCCCUGGUUUGCCCUUACCUUUGUCUACAAGACAUCCAUUGACACCCCCUUAUCCUUAUCCUUAUAAGUUCCUCCUGAAUCCGGAAGAAAAAUGCCAGAAGCAGAAGCCCUUCCUUGUUUUACUUGUGAUCGUAGAGAGCCAUGAUGCCAACACACGAUUAACCAUUCGGGAAACCUGGGGAAAUGAAAGUAACUACAGAGAUGUUGCUGUGGUCACUGUUUUCCUUAUUGGUGUCCCUCUUUUUAAUGUGGAGAGUAAUCAGAAACUGUUAGAAGAGGAAAUGAAGACCUAUGGGGACAUAGUACAGCAGGACUUUAUGGAUACCUAUUAUAAUUUGACUCUUAAAACCCUAAUGGGCAUGGAGUGGAUUUCUAAAUAUUGUCCUGGUGUCAGUUAUGUAAUGAAGAUCGACAGUGAUAUGUUUCUCAAUGUGGAAUAUCUUGUCCACCACCUCCUGCAACCAGGAUUACCAGUCCGUCAGAACUACAUUACAGGAUUUAUUAUAGCCGAUACAGGUCCUAUAAGAGACAAGGAAAACAAAUGGUAUGUCCCUAUGGAAGUGUAUCCUAAUGACACCUAUCCCCCAUAUGCCACUGGUGCUGGUUAUGUCUUCUCUGCUGAUAUGGCAAAAAAGAUUUAUGAUGUUGCUCAGACAAUUAGGGUUGUGCCAAUGGAGGAUGCCUUUGUGGGAAUCUGUUUGUAUGAACUGAAGAUCCCACCUACUGACUCACCUCCUAAUAUAUUUAAUGGGUACAGGAUAGAUUACGACCUCUGCCAGUUUAACAAGUUGAUCACAGUGCACAAGUAUGAGGGGGAUGAACAGCGGAGAGUAUGGACGGACUUCUGGACUCAGAGGACAGGGUGCAAGAGCUAAAGACUAAUAUAUUAUGGGAUCAAUGUUACUUCUAACAAAGUGACUUUAGAAAACCCAGUUCUGCAUAUAAAUAAAAAGGUUAGAAAUGUCAUGGUUGAUCUUCAUACAGUAUAUCGGACAAUAAAACAGGAAUUAUUUAUUAUC